CCAAACUCGAGCAUGUUCGCGGCCUUCCUGGGGAUGGCAGAGUGUUCUCUAUGGGCGACAGUUGCUUGAGCAGGGUUUACGGUGGCAAAUUGGUAAUGGAGAGUCGGCAUCGUUGCUCUUCUCGAAUUGGAUUCCUCAUUUGCAUCCUGAGAAGCCGGCCUAUAACCCGCAGGUGCUCCCGGAAGGGGGUGACCCGCUGGUGGCGGAGGUUAUAGCUUAGGAUGGGGAAGGGGGUUGGUGUGCCACCAAACUGAACUAGUGGUUUGACCCUUCUACGUGUAGAAUGAUUCAGUCUAUUCCUCUUCCGAGGCAGAGUAUGGCGGAUAGACUAAUCUGGCAUGGCACGUCUGAUGGCGUGUUCACUGUCAAAUCUGCAUAUCAUUUGGAUGUCGACCUGGCCAGAAGGAAUGGUUGUUGCAGGGCUACGUCUAGUUGGAUGGAUAAAGCCAGUUGGAUUUGGCUUUGGGGUGCUGAUAUUCCCCCGAAGUUGAAGGUGUUCGUUUGGCAGAUUUUUCAUCAUAUCCUCCCCACCACAGAGGGCCUCAUUGAGAAGAGUGUUCCUGUCCUUCCUCGUUGUCCGGUAUGCUGGGAGGCAUCGGAAACUUUGGAACAUUUAUUCCUGGAUUGUCCAGUGGCUCGGGCUUUAUGGGAUUAUUCAGGGCUCGAACAUCUGGGACAAGGCUUGCCUCGCCACACUUUUCCCCUGUUUCUCAAACGGUUGUUUGCCUUAAUUCAUCAACCUCGUAUGAUCAUGGCCGUGGUGGCAGUGUUUGGAGGAUUUGGAAGUCACGUAAUUGGGUGGUUUUCGAAGGCAAGCAGUUCAGAUUCCUUGCCUUGAUGCGUCAAUUUCACCAGCAGUGUGAGGAAUGGGAACGGGUGCCGACUGACAGGAUGGAUCUGGGACAGCUCCCUACUGUCCAUUCUCCAGGGUUGCUGGCGGGUUCCUCGCUGGUGUGUAUGUGGGAUGGAGCUACGAGAGCUGGGUCCCACUCUGUGGGCGAAAUGGUGCUUCUUGACUCUCAUAGGGAGGUCCUCCGAGUACAAGGGGUCCAGUUUCGGGCUAUUGAUGAUCCUUUAGUGGUGGAGGCGCUCGUUCUCCGGGAAGCUCUCUUAUGGUGUGUGGCCAAUGGGCUCCAGGAUGUAAGGUUUGAAGGCGAUGCCAAAGUCAUCAUCGAUAAAAUCAAUCAAGCUGAGACUAGAGAUAGUAGGAUUGGGAUGAUUUUGGAAGAAAUCUGGCAAUGUAUGGAGAAUCAAUCGGGGUUUAGUUUGGGAUUUGUAGGACGGAGGAACAAUAGGGUAGCCCAUGCGGUGGCUAGAAAGACCCUUUCUUUGUACCCGUCAACGUGUCGCUCUUUUAAUUUUCAGGCCUGGCUGUUUUCCAGGGUGUAACUGUGUCUAUCUUCAAUCAAUAUAUGAUUAUCUUUUGUCAAAAAAAAAGUCACUCUCCCGUUAACCUCCGUCCAACUCUAGUCACUCGAAUUACUUUUUUUUUAUAUGAAUGUCACUCGAAUUACUGUAACAUGUCACAUUUAGUCACUCUUCGUUAUCCUCCGUCCAACUCCUUGGACGGAAACUAACGAAAGAGUGACUAAAUGUGGCAUAUUUCA